AUCAAUAACGGUACUCGACGUUCGGACAAUAACAAAAUAUAAAACCAACUGGCAGUUACCAAGUACCAAGAGGACUCGGGACCGAAAAUAAAAUAUAAAAAUACGUUUUGGUAAUUUGUGACAAACCCGAUUGCCGUUUUAUUCUUGGAUUAUUUUACCGUACAAAAAGUGUAAAAUGUUGUUCCUCUUUGAAUCUUUCACUAAUUAUCCCAUUCAUCUCAUGAUGGCGUCUAUAAUUCUCGUCUAGUGCAUCAAAGUCCAACUUUUACUAGUGUGUUAAUCACAGUGUAGUUGAAGAUACGGUUCAAUUUUAAUAUAUUUUUGUACUUUGGUGUGUCCAAAUCUCUGAGGAGAGAUCCCAUGGAUUCGAGUAAUGCUGCGAAUGUAUCAGAUGACGAAGAAUCGUUUUAUGGCGUUUUUGUGGAAUCUGACGUUGACAACAGCAGCACUCCUAGAGUGUUCACUAAUUUUCAAGAAACACUUUCUGCAGUCAAAUCCAACAAAACCUCCAGAUUCAAGCUGUUCAGAUCAGCAACUGAAGCUGAACGAUUUAGCGUUUUUGGGCAAGAAUUACCAAUAAAACAGAUAGAAAAAAGUACACCUAAUGUAUCUACUAGUUUUACUUUUAAAUCUCUAAAAUCUGAAGAACUGGUUGCAUUUCGUCGUCUAAUUGAAAGCGGAGAAUUAGAUAAGGUGAAACUGGCUGUGAAUUCAAAUCCGAGGUUUCUUGUUAGCAGUGGUGAUACACCUUCAAUAAUUCAAGAAGGAUGUCGGUAUAAUGCUAUGCAUGUAGCAGCUCGAUUUAACCAACCACAAAUUGUUCAUUUUAUAAUGGAGUGUGUUACUAGUUCAGAAUUCAUUAAAAGUUUAUAUGGUACAGAAGAGUCAUAUCUAUCACGGAGUGAAAUCAUCACAGAUUUGUACUUAAACACACCUGAUAAAGCGGCAAAUGAUACUCCUCUACAUAUCGCCUCAAAAUUUGGCCAUGUAGAUGUAGUAAGAGAGCUUAUUUCAUAUGAUAAGUGUAUACUAACAUCUCUAAAUAAAUAUCUCCAAACUCCUAAAGACGUUAUAUGCUCGAGAAGCAACAAGGAAAUGUAUAAUGAUAUAUUACAUUUAAUAGAAAAUGGAUUUUUUGUACCAAUGUGGAAAUCUGAUGAUGAUUGUGCUCAACCGACAAUUGGCAAACCAUUUUCACCUAAAUCCUCAACAAUAAUUCCACCAUUACAGAAUGACAAUCUUAAAUCAUUAAAUCCUAUACUUGAAAUAAGAGCUGUUGCCGGACCAAUGAAUGAAUCACAAGCCCUAAAGUUUUGGAAGGAUUGGAAAUCACCAGUGCGAAAAACAUUAUUAUCUCCUUCACCAAAAAAGUCUCCAUUAAGCCCAAAACAAAAUGAGUUUAAAAAUAAAAGUAUUGAAAAAACAGGAAGAAAUUUAGCUGAAAAAGAGAAAGUUGGUUGGGCUGAAUAUUGGCCCUUCCUUGAUAAAAUAGUUGAUCUUAAAUCAAAUAGAGGCUUAGAUCUACUUGAAAAAUACUUGAGACAAAGAUUUAGUAUGAAAGAACAAGAUUAUCCUGUAGUAGCACCACCACGAGUUGCUUUGCUAAGUCCUAUGGGUGAAUUGUGUAAAGCGUUGGAGUCUAUGAGAAUUGGAGCUAAUCUAAAUAGACGAAGUCCUCGAGAAAAUACUGUUGUAUCUUAUACUUGUGUUGUAAAAUCUUGUAAAGUUUUAGCAGAACGUUUAUCAAAUGUAAUUAUAUCGGAAUAUAAAAAUAUGCUAGGCAUUGAAUCAUUAGCUAUUCGGUUAUGUCAUGAAGUUAGACAUUUAAUGGCUUUGGAAGAUAGCUUUUACUCUGAUAGUCGUUUCGAUUCAAAGGUUAAAGGAAGAAUUCAUGGAAGAGUAGCUGAGCAUCUUUGUCAGUUGUUAAUUAAUAGUUUGGAACUUGUCAGCAAUGUUUCUUUAAUAGUUACAAAACUCCAAAAGUAUUAUGCAUGUCAUGCAAUUGGGAGUCGCAGUGAAAUCACGGGAGCUUGUUUAGUAACUCAGAUACAUACGAUUCUAACUGAAAAGUCUUCUAUUAUACACAAUAUGCAAUCUGAUGACGAUGAUGAACUUAGUUGUAAGCAAUGGUUUUCAACUGCUCUUCCUUGUUUGUGUAAUAUUGAAACUAAAAGGUUAAAACCAAAACAAUUAUUUUGUGAUAAUGGACCAGUUAAAAGACAAGAUGAGAAUGGAGAAUCAAAAAAUAUGAAUGGUUAUGACUCAGAUGAUGAUGUUUUUUCGAGUGCCCCUACGAGUCCAUGUAGUGAAUAUUCUUCGUCAGAUGAAUCUGACGCAUCAAAUAUUUUUCAUAACGCCGAACGUGAUUUUUCUUACCUAUUAUUUUCAAGAGAUGUACCAAUAGUUCAUGAUUAUGAAAUAUUUGAUGCCAUUAAUGGUAUACAUGUAGACUCCAACAAAUAUCCAUGGCUCUAUAGGUGGUUGUAUUCAAUGAAUGACUACAAUAAUUUAAACAAUCUGUGAUAAAAAAAAUUAAUGGUAAUUUUUGAUGGUGUUGCUCAUGAAGUCAUGAAACUAAUUAUGCUACAAUUAUACUUAUGGGAUUAAAUUAUAUUAUACAUUUUAACGUAUUAUAGUAUAAUCAAAUAGAAAUCGGAUAUUACAAAAUAGAAAUGUUUUUGACACAAAUCAUUUUCAUGAUUCAUGAAGUAUUUAAUAUUUUGUUAUGUUUAUUAGUUCAGGCAAUUUACAUUUUUUAUUAGUCACUUAAAAUCUUUUUAUAUAUUAUUUAUAUUUAUAUAUGUUUCGAUUGAAUUGAAGAACUGAAAUCAAACAAUAAUAGUUAUUUAAGUAAAUUGUUACCGUAAGACUUAAUUUACAAUAAUACAAUUAUUUUUAUUGUAAACUCUGGAGCUGAUAAUUAAUACAAAUUACAAUAUUCAAUUUUUUUUUGUUUUAAAUACAGCUUAUUGAAUUGUUUAGUUAUCUUUUAAAAAUAAUUAAAUGUCGUUGAGUGAUUUAACAAAGAAAAA